CUAGAGUUGACACGUUCAACAGUUUGAAGAUCAAAGUCUAGGAAGCUCUGGCAGUGUUUCGCAUUUCUUUCCUGGAAAAGGAGUGAUAUCGUGGUGUUUUAGUUUUCCCAGAAAUUUCAUUCCAUAUCUAUACAGAUCCAAAAACCUUUCGAUCAUCUUGUACGUGGCAUCAAACUGUAAGGCGUGCGGCUGACUUGAAAGUUAGCAACUUGGCAUGGGAUUGGUCGACUUGAAGACUGUACUCCUUAUUGUAUUGAGCUAUGGUGUUGUGUCAUUUACAUGACACUGUGCCUUCUUGUUAUUACUGUUUUGGUUAACUACCAUUGCUACAUGAUCUAUAAUAGCUGUAUGUUGGUCGCAAGGUACCGUGAUAUUCAGUAUUGGUAACUAUCUGUGCGGUCGAUUGGGAUGAAGAAGAUGGACGUCAACGCGUCCUAAUUGAUUACAGAUUAGAAAUGGAUAACAUUGAUAAUGAUAGACUCGUAACUGAAAUUUUACUUGGGAAGUGAGUGGAGAAAACUACAGUUCUCAUCCGUACAAUAAUAACGGCAAAUAGAGGUCCUGCAAUACAGAAAAUGAUCCAGACACUGCUCUGUGAUUUUCGUAGAAAAGCUUUUUUUGUGAAUUGGAUAUAUAAUGUUAACACAGAUUAACUGCUAUAGUAGAAUUAGUGUAAACUUACUCGCUUGCUAGGCUGCUAGCUGACUUUUGUACAUGUUAUAUAUCCUAGAGGAAAUCCUUGCUCUAUCAUGUCAGAAAAUUUCCAUGAGGAGGAACAUGCAGAACAAAUAUGCAAGCAGACAUCUCCUCCAUUACCAGAAGGCCUGGGGACACAAGUUAUAGCUCUCUUCACCAGUACUUUUCGCCAAUCGAACAAGAAGGAUAAUAAGAUUCCACCAAAAGUACAGGUAACAACACCUGAUAAAUGGGCUCAGAGUGCUCCAACUCAAGAACAUACAAAUAUAUCUGGUGAUGUAAUAAGAAAGGAUAAGGAUCAGAAGGAUGUUGCACAUAUUCCAGCUAUUAUAAACAUCAACCUAGUUCCAUACGUGACACUACAUCUUGCUGCCCUGAAUGGUGACUGGAUAUCUGCUAGAAAUUUCUUGCAAUUGAAGCCAGAAGCUGUGAGGGCUAAGAUCACAAAAGGUUCAGAAACUGCUCUUCACAUUGCAGCUGGGGCAAAACGUACACUUUUUGUUGAGGAGCUAGUUAAAUGGAUGACACCAGAUGAUCUUGAAUUGAAGAAUGAUGUAGGGAACACCGCUCUUUAUUUUGCUGCUGUCUCUGGUAUCAAAAGGAUUGCCGAGGUAAUGGUGGAUAUUAAUCCAUCAUUACCUCAGAUUCGAGGAACUAAAAAUCUAACACCACUUCAUAUGGCCACAUUGCUAGGCCACAGAGAGAUUGUGUGGUAUCUAUAUGAUAAGACAAGUCUGACGGAAGACGACUACAUAGGGCUUUUAAUUUCUGCCAUAACAGCAGAUCUUUAUGAUGUCGCACUGCAUAUAAUUCAAAAGCACCCUGAAAUGGCUUUUGCUCGAGAUGGAAAUGGAGAAACAGCACUACAUGUAAUGGCUCGAAAGCCUUCAGCAUGCUAUAGUGGCAGUAAGCUGGGAUUUCUGCAGAGAUGGAUAACUUCAUAUGUGGCUGUGGAUAUAGUGGAACAACACCCUUUAAUAACUCUUGUUCAAGGUGAAAUUGCAGAGACCAAACUUCACAUAGUUGAGCGUUCAACAUGUUAUAGUGGAAGUCAGCUGGGACUUUGGAAACGAUUCAUAUUAUCUGUACCAUGUAUCCAGGCCUCAUACGACAAAAAGAUGAAUCAUAUGCAAGCAACUGAACUUGUGAAGCUGCUCUGGAAGAAAGUUUUGACACUAGAGAGUGAUUCAAGGAUAUGUGAUUUGAUAAAUGCGCCGUCUCGCUUAUUAUUUACUGCUGCUGAAUUAGGGAAUAUAGACUUUCUCAUUAUAUUUAUGAGAUUGUACCCCAGUCUCAUUUGGCAAGUUGAUGAACAAAAUCGAAGCAUAUUUCAUGCUGCAGUGAUUCAUAGACAGGAGAAAGUUUUCAGUCUCCUUUAUGAAUUAGGUGGUCUGAAAGACUUGAUAGCUGCUUACAAAGAUGUGUCCAACGAUAAUAUGCUUCAUUUGGCUGCCCGAACAUCUGCAAGUCGACUAAGUACUGAUACUGGGGCAGCAUUGCAAUUGCGAAGAGAGUUGACUUGGUUUAAGGAGGUGGAGAAGAUUGUCCAGCCAUUAUACAGAGAAAUGAGGAACUCAGAUGGAGAAACACCACAAAAUCUUUUCACCAAGGAGCACAAGGAACUACUUAGAGAAGGACAAGAGUGGAUGAAGGGUACAGCAUCAUCAUGUAUGGUGGUGGCAACUCUUAUUGCCACUGUAAUGUUUGCUGUCAUCUCUACUGUUCCAGGCGGCAACAACAGUAACACUGGUAUUCCCAUACUUCUUAGAUCAAGGGCCUUCACGGUUUUUGUCAUAUCAGAUGCAGUAUCUCUGAUCUCAUCAACCACUUCAGUCUUGAGCUUUCUGUCCAUUCUUACAUCACGUUACCAUGAAGGAGAUUUUCUCAAUUCAUUACCAAAUAGAUUGAUUCUGGGGCUUGCCACUUUAUUUAUCUCUAUAGCCACAAUGAUGAUAACAUUUGUUGCCACACUACUAAUGGUUCUUGGCCCUGGAUUUCAUGAUAUGAAAAUUCCAGUUGCUUUGGUUGCUGCAGUUCCAGUUGGUUUCUAUGCAUUACUACAGUUUCCCCUUCUAGCAGACAUGAUCAGUCAUGCAUAUAUUUCAAUAGUUUCUUUUCGCCCAUGCAACCACCUCUUGCAUUAGAUAACUUACUUGAUGUCAGAAUGUAAGUGUUACGACUGUAAGGUAAUGUAUUAGAGUGAAAUUAUGUGUAUAGUACUAACAUUGUGAAUUUUAAAUUUGGAUGAGCUGUACCAAGGUUUGAAGGAAUCAUACAAUAUAUUCAGAAGAAAAUCAUAGACUUUCUUAUAGGUCUUCAUUUGUAUUCA